CCCUGCCUGGUGAGGCGCCCGCGGCGCGCGGACUCGCCUGGGGGAGGGGCCACAGCCACCCGUCCUUCGCCCCAGGCGGCCGCUGCCGCAGCUCAGUGGCGUCCGCCGCGCUCCCGGGACUCGCCAGCCCGCGGGAGAAAUGUUGCUGAAGUGCUGCUGAAAGGGCCAAAGAUGCAAGGAUUUGGGACACAUUUUGAACCUUUAAGCUGUCUGACAUUGACCUCCUUUCAUUAUUAAUAAAGAAGAAGCAGGAGCUUAGGAUGUAUUAACACCAACUCAUUAAUAUACUAACUGGACAAUGUUCUGCAACAAUUCUACAUUGUAAAGAACUGGAUUGGCUGAAAAUAAAAUAAUUUCAUAUUUUACUCAGCUUAUAAUAUGACUCGAUGGAGGAAAAUUUGAUAAGCAUGAGGGAAGACCAUUCUUUUCAUGUUCGUUACAGAAUGGAAGCUUCUUGCCUAGAACUGGCCUUGGAAGGGGAACGUCUGUGUAAGUCAGGAGACUGCCGUGCUGGUGUGUCCUUCUUUGAAGCUGCAGUUCAAGUUGGAACUGAAGACCUAAAAACACUUAGUGCUAUUUACAGCCAGCUGGGCAAUGCUUAUUUCUAUUUGCAUGAUUAUGCCAAAGCAUUAGAAUACCAUCAUCAUGAUUUAACUCUAGCAAGGACUAUUGGAGAUCAGCUGGGGGAAGCCAAAGCUAGCGGUAAUCUGGGAAACACCUUAAAAGUUCUUGGGAAUUUUGAUGAAGCUGUAGUUUGUUGUCAGCGACACCUAGAUAUUUCCAGAGAGCUUAAUGACAAGGUGGGAGAAGCAAGAGCACUUUACAAUCUUGGAAAUGUGUAUCAUGCCAAAGGGAAAAGUUUUGCCUGCCCUGGUCCUCAAGACAUGGGAGAAUUUCCAGAAGACGUGAGAAAUGCUCUGCAGGCAGCUGUGGAUUAUUACGAGGAAAACCUAUCACUAGUGACUGCUUUGGGUGACCGAGCAGCCCAAGGACGUGCCUUUGGAAAUCUUGGAAACACACAUUACCUCCUUGGCAACUUCAGGGAUGCGGUUAUAGCCCAUGAACAGCGUCUCCUUAUUGCAAAAGAAUUUGGAGAUAAAGCAGCUGAAAGAAGAGCAUAUAGCAACCUUGGAAAUGCAUAUAUAUUUCUUGGUGAAUUUGAAACUGCCUCUGAAUACUACAAAAAGACACUACUAUUGGCUCGACAGCUUAAAGACAGAGCUGUAGAAGCACAGUCUUGCUAUAGUCUCGGAAACACAUACACUUUGCUUCAAGACUAUGAAAAGGCCAUCGAUUAUCAUCUGAAGCACUUAGCAAUUGCUCAAGAGCUGAAUGAUAGAAUUGGUGAAGGAAGAGCAUGUUGGAGCUUAGGAAAUGCAUACACAGCUCUAGGGAAUCAUGAUCAAGCAAUGCAUUUUGCUGAAAAGCACUUGGAAAUUUCAAGAGAGGUUGGGGAUAGAAGUGGUGAACUAACAGCACGACUGAAUCUCUCAGAUCUUCAAAUGGUUCUUGGUCUGAGCUACAGCACAAAUAAUUCAAUAAUGUCUGAAAAUAUUGAAAUUGAUAACAAUUUGCAUGGUGCACGCCCGAAGUUUGGACACCGACACAGUAUGGAAAACAUGGAACUUAUGAAGUUAACACCAGAAAAGGUACAGAACUGGAACAGUGAAAUUCUUGCUAAACAAAAACCUCUUAUUGCCAAACCUUCUGCGAAGCUGCUCUUUGUCAACAGAUUGAAGGGGAAAAAAUGCAAAACUAAUUCCUCCACUAAAGUUCUCCAAGAUGCCAGUAAUUCCAUUGAUAAUCGAAUUCCAAAUUCUGAGAGGAAAAUCGGUGCAGAUAUUAUUGGAGACGAAGGGUUCUUUGACCUGGUAAGCCGAUUUCAGAGCAAUCGGAUGGAUGAUCAGAGGUGCUGCUUACAAGAACAGAGCUGCGGGACUGCUUCAGCUGCGGCUUCUUCCACUCCACCUCGAGUGAUGAUGAAAGCACCGUCUGUUUCCGUGGUGUCCCCCAACACAGAUGAGUUUUUAGACCUUCUUGCCAGCUCACAGAGCCGUCGUCUCGAUGACCAAAGGGCCAGUUUCAGUAAUUUGCCAGGGCUUCGUCUGACACAAAACAACAAUAAGUCCGUACUUGGCCACUUGAUGACUAAUGACAACAAAGAGCCUGAUGAAGACUUCUUUGACAUCCUUGUAAAAUGUCAAGGGUCCAGAUUAGAUGAUCAAAGAUGUGCUCCACCACCUGCCACCACAAAGGGACCAACAGUACCAGACGAGGACUUUUUUAGCCUGAUUUUACGUUCUCAGGCGAAAAGAAUGGAUGAACAGAGAGUUCUUUUACAAAGAGAUCAAAACAGAGACGCUGAAUUUGGGCUGAAAGACAUUUUGCAAAGUAAUGCUUUGUUGGAAUUUAAAAAUACAGGAAAAAAAUAAACCACUAGUUAUUACGGAUAUAUUUUUUUUAAUGACCUUAUUUCCUUUCAGAACACUGCAGGGAAACUAUUUUUUUCCUUAAAAGGAGAAAUUAUAGCACUGUAAUACAGCUUAAAAUGUUUUUAGAAUGAUGUAAAUAUUUAACCUUUAAUAGUAUAGCAUUAAUUCACAUUUCUCUGGACACUUGUUUCAGGGUGGAGGUGUCUUCUACAAGGUGCUUCAUCAACUUUUUUGAAUAAUGCUUGGGAUUGUGUUCUUUGGCAACUUUUUAGAUUCCUUUACCUAGUGUUUGUAAAGUGAUAAUUUUUUUAACUCUUAAUUGAUGAUGGCAUUUUUUAAAUACUGAACCGUGGAUAUAGUAAGAAAUUAGGCUGUUUAGUAAACAAUAACAUACUUGACCAAUGUGUAAAAAAGUUAUAUAGUCUUUAUUAAAAGAAUCUAGAUCUUUUUUCUGCUAAAAAUCCUAUUUUCAGUAUGUUAUUAGUUCAAACCCAUUAUAAAAACAGCUCUAAGAAAUAAACUUUUAGCAUGUUCUGGA